AUGAGCCGACGGUUCCCUAAAAAGGCUAGAAAAACGUUGGAAAAGCAUGGAGAUGCGGGCAUUGAAUUCGAAGAUUCCGGCAAGCACCCGCUUGUCGUGCCCGGCUUCGGCGGCAUGCGCGUGCCGACUGAGGGGCCGGCCGGGGAGCGCUUCGCCCACGGCUUCGGCGACUGGAGCCAGAACCGGCUCACGGCCCGGGAGCUCGCCAUGCUCCGAUUGAUGAAUGCAAUCACGGACCGGCCAAACUGGCACGUGGAGGUUGGGGAUCCGGCCGUUGUCGCGCAGUGGGCUCGUGAGGCGGCGUCUUGGGAGCUGAUCAGCCCGGCGGCAUGGGACUGGUGCUUGGCCGAGCUGCUGGACAAGGCCGUGUACUACGAAAAGGUCAAGUUGACGCACGUUUUUGACACGGCAUCGCGCAUCUGCAAGUCGGACUAUCUGAUCUCACCAUCGUUGCUGGAAAAGAUGACCGCUGAGGUCGACGCACUGACAAGAGCGCCGGAUCUCUCACAUCAAUGUCAUGAGCAGCACCAAAGUCUUCCCUUGGAAGGCGAGACGCAGACAUCACUAGUUGAUCCAGACAUGUUCCCACUCAUUUUUGGCGAGACGCACGUUCUAAGUGACGGGGGAAGCGUCAGGAGCGUCAAUGCUGCUGACCAUAUGGGACGGGGAGUCCGGUCCCAGGAACAAAAAUGGUCCUGCUCGCGGUCUCCUUGGGGUCGCUGUGACGGCAACCCGACAAGAGGCAUGGAAGGUGUGCCGCAAAGGGCCGCGGAAUGCACAGUAUGCCGGCAUUUUGGAGGCUCACCCGAGGAGCCCUGGCGACAGCGCGCCUACAUGUUCUCGCCGCGGUUCCAGUGGCUUCCCUCCGAGGUCUGCUUCGGGCCGCCCGACGCCAGGACUACGGGGAUGAGGCUGACCUCAUACAUCAACAACCUGCACCCACGCCACCACUUCUCCCUCUACCGCUCCAUCGAGGCCGUCGUCGAGGCGUCCGUCCAGCCGUGGAACGAGAUCCUGGCGUGGACGGGCCGGGGACGGACGCCGGAGCGCAUCCGCACCUACGGCGUGCAGUGGACUCCGCAGGAGCCGACGCCCGUCGAGCUCGAGGAGCUAGACGAGAUCAUGCGGGCCGGCCAGGGCGAGCUGUACGCGGCGACCAAGGCACGGCUCGACGCCUUCCUCGCGCGGCCGGACAACCCGCGCGCGCCCCCGCCCUCCUGGCAGUACCCGCAGAUCCUCCCGGACUGGGCGGCCACGUACUCGCCAUCCGCCGCGGUCAAGCUCAAGCAUCGCCGGUGCAAGGCGUGGCUGCAUCCGGAGCCCGGCGCCGCCUUCACCUACGCCGAGUGGAAGGCCGGCCGCAACAACCGCGCCGUCGUUCCCGGCCGCGCGCCGGACUGGCAACGCGGCGGGGGCCAGCUGCCGCCCAAGGAGGACCACGCGUUCUACCAGGUCUCGCUGGAGACGCAGUUUGCGCGCCGCGGGCUGCAGGUGGUCGUGGAGAUUGGCGCGGUCGAGCUGACCCCCGCGCGGCCGACGCGCGCGGCGACCCCGUGGCGGCUCGCGGGCUUGCUCAGCGACCGCAUCGUCGCGACGGCCAUGGUGUACCUCGACAGCGACAAUGUGGCCGACGCCGCGGGCGCGCUGUCGUUCCGCGUCGAGGCCGACCUGGAUCCCCUGGAGCACGUCUGGGGCGGCGGCACCGGCUCCGGCCCGCACCACCCCCUCGCGCCGCUCGCCGAAAUCUACGGGCUCGACUCCCCGCUCGACCUCGACGGCGGCGCGCCGGCCCUGCAGGAGCUCGGCACGGUGCUCGCGCCGGACGGGCGGCUGGUCGCGUUCCCCAACGCGGUGCAGCACCGCGUGGAGGCGUUUCGGCUGCGCGACCCGCGGCGACCGGGCCGGAGGCGCUGGCUGGCGGUGCACUUGGUGGACCCGCACGUCCGAGUGUGCUCGACGCGCGCGGCGCCGCCGCAGCAGCCGGGCUGGUGGGCGGAUGCCGGCUGGGACCGCGUGGACUGGCGCGCGCGGAGGGUGCCCCCGGAGCUGGUGGAUGCGGUGCGGGGGAUGAUCGGCGAGAGGGGGCCGGGCAGGGCGGAGGUGGAGUCGCGGAGGAAGGAGAUGAGGGAGGAGCGCGAGAGGAAGCAGGAGCAGGUGAUGAGCGAGGAGGUGACGGCGUACAUGUUUGACGAGCAUGCCGCGAUUGGACGCAAGUUUCUGCGGUAG